ACGUCCCAAUGGAAAGGUUGAGAAGAGGCGAUAACCCUAGGAGAAGAUAGAGUUGUUGGGUUUUGGUUUGGCUCAUAUCUAACUUAGAUCUUGUUUGUGAGAUAUCGCAGCACCACUCAAGCCGUGAAUUUGGGUCCAUGUCUUGGAAAGGAGGCCGAGGAAAACCAAAAGGAUAUGGCGGCGAUUAUGGCAAGCCUGAGCCUUUUGUGAUUUUCCCUGAAAUUACGUUACCUGAUCCAAAAUCAAUCUCAACAGACUCGCAAUUAGUUGUAGUUCAAAGCUACUUUACUUUCAAUAAGUUUUGGAUGAAUUCUCCUUAUCACUUAUGCGAUGGUGGUGUUUCUAAGAAAGAGAAAGCGAGUUUAGAUAUUGAGAGACCUGAUAACUUCUCUAAAGAACUUGUUGGAGAUACUCGAAGAGAACAACGGCCUGUGAAGAGAGCUAAAUGGAGUCAAGAAGCUGAUUUGCAGAAAUUGGAUGUGUUUGAGAAGCUUGAGUCUAAGUUUAAGACUCAAGGCAAUGAAGAGAAAGAAGACGGAGAAGAUGAUGAACAAGUUGUGGAAUCAGAAGGAGAAGAAUCAGAUAACGGAGAUUAUGAUCAGAAUCAAGACUUUGAUGAUGAUGAAGACGAUUAUAAUCAUGAGGAGGAUGGUGGAUUUGAAGAGGUGUAUUAAGCUGCUUCUCCUUUUCCCAAAAGAAUCAAGUUUUCCAGUCAAGAGAAGACUAUUUGGUGUAAUUUCUCAAUAAGCAUAUACCAUCUUGAAAUUUUACACCAUAAAAGUUAGUAGCACUAUUAUGGGUGCAGAUGGUUGCAUAUGAAUGAUGAUCUUUUUAGUUGUACCAAUUUUUAGAAAUUGUAGUUGGUGAAGGUUUCGUGGACAAAUCUUAUUGUUUGUAGAAAAACAUUUUCUGAUAACAUAACUUUACUUGAAC